UGAUUACGUCCCAUGGAGGUGGGACAGAGCUGUUGAGUAACUGGCUGUGCUGCAUUGUAGAGACUUCAUUCUGCAUGCAUGGGUCAGAGGUGAGGUUUCCUCUGUUAGCUCUGCUGUGUGGUGUAAACUCUCUCAUCCUUCCUCCGUCUGUUCAGUGUCUCUGUGUCACUCUGAGCCAUGGGCAGUUUUAAACUGGGAAGCCUCCUGUUUUUCCUUGGGCUUUACGGGAUCUGUUCAGGAUUUCUACAAGAGAACUGUACCGACUACAAGCUCCAGUUUGAGAGGGUUUUCUCUGUUCCCGGGGAGGUAGCUAUGCUGAAUAGCACCUUGGUGUCUCCAGAUGUCUUCAACUUCACCUCAGUGCCUUAUAACAUCACCUGGUAUGAGUCAAAGACUGGCAGAGAGCUGAGCAACCAGCCUGGUCAAAUCCUGGUGCGAGGGGAGACUCUGUGGUUGUUUAACGUGACACAGGAUGACGACGGGGAAUACAUCACCAUAGUGAGGACUCCUACUCGGUGCUACAAGCAGACCAUCAGGCUGGAGGUGAAUCAGCCAGAUGCUGGAAAGUGUGUGAGGCCGCACAAAGCUGAUCAAACGCUUACGAAUGGAGUGAAUAGCAAUCUGUUCUGCCCUCUGAAAGACGAAAUCAAGAAACUGGACAGCUACAACAUCACUUCCUCUAUCAAGUGGUACAAAGAUUGUAACCUCAUAGUAGAUGGGGAGGACAAUAUUAUCUACUUGGACAAGACCACACUGAUGAUUGAAGGGGUGAUGCCCCACCACAACGGCUCCUACACCUGCAUUCUUACCUUCACGCUUGGGGGCGUCACAGGAUCUGUGUCAGAGACCAUUGACGCAAAGGUCAACGAGGAGUAUUGUUUGGUUCCAGAAGUGCGGGAACCAGCCAAUGAAAUCAUCAAGGCAGAGAUGGGGUCCAGUUUCGAGCGGAGGUGCUUGGUGUUUGUGCCGGGUGAGAAGUGUCCCACGAUUUAUAUCGUUUGGUUGGUCAGAAACGAAUUCGUUUUCAGCACUGACCCCUCUGACCAUUUCUACACAUCAGAUAUACGUAAUUGCAGUCAGGACAGUCCCAGAAAAGGUGUGUGUUUGGAACGGAUGCUGAUGUCUUCUAAGCUGACGGAGAAGGAUUUCAACAUCAACUAUACCUGUCAAGCAUACAGUGACCGGGGAAAUCCUGUGGGAUAUUUUACUCUGUUACCAGCAGAGCCCGACCUCAUACUUCCCAUGGGAUUGGUGUUUGGUGGUGUGACGGUUCUCUUUAUCAUCAGUGUCAUCGUCUACUACCUUUUCAAGGUUGACAUUGUGCUGUGGUUCAGGCGAGCAUUUUCCAUCUUCUAUACAAAUACAGAUUUGGAUGGAAAGCUGUAUGAUGCCUACGUGGCAUACCCACAGAACUGUCUGGAUGGGUUCAACGAACAAGUGGAGACAUUUGCCCUUCACACACUGCCUCAAGUGUUGGAAAAGGCCUGCGGUUACAAACUCUUCAUAGCAGGCCGUGACUGUCUGCCCGGGCAGGCCAUAGUUGACUCAGUGGAUAACAACAUACAAGCCAGCCGCCGCCUCCUCCUGCUCUACAAUGCCUCUACUUUCACCGGCAAAAGCCACACCAGCAGCGUUAGUAGCUAUAAUAAAAACAACAUCUCCAAGAAAAGUGAUGGUAUCAAUCAUAACGAAAGCAGGACCAGUGACAAUAGUAGCAUGAGUUUUGAUGGCAGUGAUGACGUCCACUCAGAUAUGAGGCAGCAGUUGGAGUGUGUGGCAGCAAUGCACAGAGCGCUACUGGAUGCAUCUCUCAAGGUGGUUCUAGUUGAGUUGGAAAAGGUCACCCCUGCUCAGCUGGCUCUCUUCCCAGAGUCAGUGCGUCACCUGAGGAAGAAGCAGGGGGCUGUGUGCUGGUGGAAGAACCAGAGGACGAGGCAAAGGUGGAAGACAUGUAUGAGGAGAGAAGAUGAGGAGAAAGGCGGACAGGAUGCAGAGUUAUCGCCAUCCCUCUCCCCUUCCUCCAGGUUUUGGAAGGAGAUGAAGUAUCAUAUGCCUGUGAGGGGCAAGAGGGUCGUGUACCCUGAGAAAACUGCCCUGCUGAACUUGUGAUGGUGUUAUUACAUGUGUUUGUGAACUGCUGGACCAGAGGGAAGCUGGUUUCAGAUGCAAAUGUGUAUAGAGGUGAAUUCCCUAUCACACAGAAAAUACACACACACUGUUUUGUUAAUGUAAGUUGUGAGUCACGCUGUCAGAGUCAGGGUUACAGCAUGGAUGCAUUUCUGCACAUUUGUCCUUCGACUAUCAAUUCUUCUGUUUCAAGUAGCACAUCUAUGACAGCAAGUGGCUCAUAACUGUACCAUGCAGAGCAUUCACUGAAGCACAAAGUAACUGAUCUCAAUAAGGAGCAAGAUGUUUUGCUCAAAUAUGCCACAGCAGUACCUCACACCUGAUGUACAGAUCAUCACAGUGCCUGGGAUAUACUGCUGUUAGCCUGCCUCUGUAUGAACUGUCGACAUUCCCUGGAAGGUGGAGGCUGCAGAACGUCAUGGACGAAGGACUGAUCAAACCAAAUGAUCAUGUAUGACUGUAAAAUUAAUUAUGUAUAAUGAAAAGUGUAAAUAUAUAGUUUAAAAAAAAAAAUCUAGCACAAUGACUCAUAACUAAUGCAAACAACAAAUCAAUCAAAUCCAGUAAACAACAAGAAAAAAGGGCUGGGGAGGUUAAUCCACACAGUCCAAGUCAGCAAACUUUUAACAAGUAGAAACAUGCACAGAAGUCUUAUUUACACAAGACAGUCUUUCCUGUCUGUCAGGCUUCAGAAGAGUUGCUGAGAAUGGUGACCACAUAGUGUUAUACUUAUCCAGAGAGUCAUCAGUGUAAACAACUCUUUCAAGUUCAGAAAUUUUCAAUAGUGCAGUGAAAAGUGUAAAUAUGUAAAAGUCAAGCAGCAAGGUGUGAGCUUUAUAUCAUUUGUACUAUUGUUCAUUUAUUGUUAAUGAACAACAGGUAAAUAACUGUAAAGAGCAGCUGCCAAGGGAGGGAAAUGUUUUUAACAACAGGUCAUUCUACAUCUUUUAGUUGUAGUAAUUUCAGCCUUCAGCAUUACUUACAAUGUUGAAAGGUAAACCUAAUGAGAUUUGAUAAGGGAUUCAGAAGGAUUCCGAUUCAAUAAAUGGAUUUGAUACCAGAUUUGAGUUUGAUUUAAUGCUAUCAAACCCCACACCUACAUGCUUAUAGGGUUUUAUCCAGUGUUUCAUAUGCAAACGCCUCUGGAUCAGGAUUGACUCUCUACUGCCAUGGGACACAAAUUAUCCACCACAUACUGGAUGUUGAGGAUGUAUGGUGAGGAAACUCUGGGUAACUAAAGCUUUGAAACAAGAUUUAUUGAUGAAUGUCUUUUAUGGAUGAGGGUCUUUGUAUAAAAGCUUGACAAUUUUGUCAAUAAAUGGAACAUUUCAAAAGGAAACAGA